AUGUGGGACGAUUCAAUAGAUGACUCACCUGAAGGAACUAGAGGUCUGAUGAAAAGAUUUCAUUUGGAUAGCCCUAAGAGAAAGGCCGUCUCUCCAUUGAAGAAACAUGAACUGGCAAGGUUUGUUAAGAGGAGAAAACCUAAGAAGUGGAGUCUGGAGGAGGAAGAUGCCUUGAGGGAGGCUGUAAAGAAGUAUGGUAAAGGAAACUGGAAGCUGAUCUGGAACUCUAGACGUGAUGUGUUUCAAGAGAGAACCGAGGUAAACAAGAUCUAUCAUCGCUUUAUAGUUAUUGGGUUCUAUUUUCAAGGAAGGGGAAUGAAAAUAAUGGGGAUGAUUCCAUCUCCAACAACUUCAUAG